CGUCUCUACUUUUCAUUCCCUCCUCCUGCAGCUUAUUCUCCCUCCUUCUUUUCAUUUUCCAGCACAUCUCUCUGUCUCUUUUCACUCAUGUCCUUUAGAAAAUCUGGUGAUUUUUAAAAAAUCCUGCACAACCAGGAGGGAUACUAAGCCUUAAGGAAUGCAAGGUGGAAGACAGCGGAUAUUUAUUCAGGAGUGAGAGACCGAAUAAUGGACCUGAAGGAAGAUGGAUGCUGGACGUCUUCAGAGCAGAUAUUAGAGUUUGAGGAGCACCAUGAAGUGGGGACCAGCAUCUGUAUCCUUGAUAGGAAGAAAGGUUCCACUCUAAACUCAUGGAGCAGCACUGAGGCUGCAUCAGAUCGGCUAGCUUCAUCUUGUUCAUACUUUCGUCAACCAUGUUGUCCUCAAAGGGCGCUAAGGCGAAAAUCAGUGCCAGCAUUUUUAGAUCCUUUUAUCAAAAACUUACCAAACCUGGACAACAGGAAAGGGUCUUUCUUACACAGGAGGGGCACUUUUGAUUGGAUACAAAAAAUCUUGAAUAAGGCGUCCCAAUACCAUACCAUUGUGUUGGAUACCUUUUCCCAUUUCAUCAUUCUUUCUGAUAGUUAUACCAUAACUGUAGAUACAUUUAGUGAUAUUUACUGCUCUCAGAAUUUAACAACACUUAUCAAAUAUAACGGAAGUUCUGGGAGUAAUAAUGAGAUGUCUAUUAGGAAGCACAGCAAUGCCCAACGAUAUUUUAGUUUUAUUUCAAGUUGUGAGGAUGUUGACAGAAAUCAUAUAAUGGCAUAUAAUCCAGAAAGUCAUCAGAAAUCCCUAAGAAAUGAAGAACAUCCACAAAGACCAUGCAGAGGGAACAAGGCUGAGAAAAUGAAGAAGAGCGUGUCAUUUGAAGAGGAUGUUGUGGUGCAUCUGUUUGAUCAGGAAGCACCUACUAUGAAGCUGCAUUCAGAAGCCUGCACAUCUCUGCCAUUCAAUUGGUCCUUCAACCUACCUGAUGCUGCGUCAGAAGACAAUGGCUUGCAGUGGGAAGAUGACUUCGCAGCUUUGGAGUGCAGUGGAACAUCUGCCACAAAUGGCUGGACAACUCAGCCCAGGGCAGAGGGUCGCUCUCUCCCCCAAAUGAGCCUUUUCCUCACCUAUUUCACAGAGUCAGACCUUAACCUGUGACAUAAAACUUGGGAGACACUUUUCAUUGGAGGCUAAGAGGUUAAAGGAAGCAGCAGGAUGAAGUCCAAAGGAAAGGCUGUGAGAAGCUCCAGGAGGCCCUGGUCUGAUCCUGAGCCAGAGAACGAACCCGACACAGAGCCCGGCUCCAGUGAGCAGGAAGGAUCAGAGGCUUCAGUUCGGAUCGGCGGCUCCUGGAAAGGCUCUCUGAGGAGCGGCGACGGGAGGCGCCGUCAGGGAGGAGGAGGAACGGGUGGAGGAGGCGGGCGGCGGCGCAGGAUGUACGGCACCAGCACCAAGGAGCGCAGCAUCCGAAGGCUGGAGAGCAACGAGCGGGAGAGGCAGCGAAUGCACAAACUGAACAACGCCUUUCAGGCCCUGCGGGAAGCCAUCCCACACGUGAAGAUGGACAAGAAGCUGUCCAAGAUCGAGACUCUUACUCUGGCUAAGAACUACAUCAAAGCUUUGACCACCAUCAUCCUGGACAUGUCGGGGGCCUGCCUGCCCACUGAGGGGGGGCCCUCAGAUGCCCGGCUGCUGCAGUGCUACCAGCAGCACCUGGAGGAGGAGGGGGAGGAUGGCCUCACCCAGUACCUCACCCACAUGAAGAGCUUUGGCCAGGAAAGCUAACAGACUGGAACUGUGGAACGGUUUAGGGACCAAGACACACCCGCUCAAUGGCCGUCCUCCUUAGAACUGACUGCUACCCUCAGUGCCUACAAAUGUUUUUAUACCUCAACAACUUUUCCAGAUUUCUCACCUUAAAACCAAACAUUUAUUUCAUUGGGAUCUUAUUUGACAGACAAUCGCAAAGCAGUGUACAGUUUUAAGAGAGAAAUUAAACAUGGUUUCCAAGAGUUUUUGAAAGUAAAGAACUACAAAUAUGGUGCAUUUAUUUCUGCCCCCUUUAUUCUGAUACCCCGAAAUAAAACUUACAUUUAUUUAGAAAUUUCAGCCAUUGGAGAAUCUUGAUGAACAAUUCUAACUAGGAACUCCGCAGACAGAUUAGGAAAACAUUCUGUGGAUAAUUUAGAGCAAGGUGAUUUAAUUAAAAAACACCCGAAGCUUUAACCAUCCUAUCAGGCUCUAUGAGGCAAUAAACAAACAUUCAAAGAAUCAGGCACAAAUACAUCAAGAAAAAAAAAAGCUAUUGGUGAAAGAAAAUCCAUUAGAAACCCUGUUUACAAACUGUCACAAGAAGUACGAGACAAAGCAAACGUGGAGGAAGGUUGUCAAAAUAACCGCACCCUAAACAGUCCGUCCUCCAUUUAAAACCUUGAGGUGGUGCUAUGAUACAGUGGAAGGGAUUUUCUUAGCUAGAGACAAGACAAUAUAGUAUAUUUGAUGGGGAUGCAUGGAUCUAAACUGCAAAACAGACUAGUGAGGAGGUUAACCAUCAGAGAAGACGGUGACUCCAAACAUCCAGACCUACACUAGAACGGUUUAAAGCAUUGAUUACAGGGAGGAGUCAAAGUCCAGCUCUGAUCCAAAUGUGCAGUUUAUGACAAAAUUUAAAAAAAGAUUUUCACAGAUCUGAGGUAAUUUGCAAAGAAAACUGUCUUCUUUUGUAAACUGUUUAAGACAGGAUAUCUUGAAAGACUGUAGUUGCACCGAAACAUGGUUGUAGAAAAUGAUCCCAUUCUUAUGUAUAAUAUCAUUGUAACUUUGUAUUGUCUGUCACAUUAUUCUGAAGUUGUUGGAGGGAUGAGAAUAUUUUUGAGAUGCGCUGUAACCCCAUAAAACAUGCUUGAACAUAAUGAGCUGGUUGUCUAGAACAUGUCGACCUGUAAAAGCAUAGACUGCAGCGAACAGUGCUGAAUGUGAAAUGCUUGAUGAGCAGAAGGACUCUCCCUUUUUCAAACUUUCUUUGCAGCUCAAAGGAACUUCUUCUCUUUUGUUGCUAUCUUGCGAUCUGUGUGCGUGCUUGUUCGUUUAGAAACUUGCUGAGUGUAAGCUCUGGUCAUAACGGUCAUAUUCAGGAAGGAUGGAGGAGGACAAGCAGCAGGUUUGAAUAUUGCAGCGUUGUUGCAAGAGACCUCAUGUGACCCAUGAUAAUCAAUUACGAUAAAGCUGAAAGGAAUUUGCAUCUUUUCCUGCAGCAUUAGCGGCAUUAGCUGUUUGGCUAGUGUCAACUCUUAAGUGUGUGUUGUUUUGGGUUUUUUUUUCUCCUGCAUUUUAACUCAUUCCCGGGUUUAAAAAAAAAAAUGUGAAAAGAUUGUUUGAGUAGUAGCUAUAAAAAUAAAACCUUUUAUUUAUUGA